GCAUUGGUUGCAAAUGACUCCAUCAAACACACUUGAAAUGUAGAUCCUCCCAGCAGCUCAGGUCACCUGGAUGCGGGCAGAAACACCUGCUGGCGCAGGACGCACCACCUCACACAGCACUUUUUAUGUUAAUGACCCGUCCAUGCACGUCCCACCCACGACUUGCCUUUACAGCGCAAAACUAUUAACAGUCAGUAUAGGCAGGCAUUUCGGUCACUGGUACUUUUUUUGUGAGGUUCCCUUAUUUUUACGCAUCGGAUAUGAUCUGGAGACUCGUGGUUUUGGUCGGGGUGUACCUUCUCCUGGGUGCUGAAGGUAGAACCCGCGAUGGGAGAACGCUGACUUUCCACCGGACUCAGCAGGAUGAGAGCCAGGGCCAAGGGCGCGCACGCCCCAGGAGGGAUAUCAGCGGCUCCUCCGGCACCCUCAGGCCUUCUCACGGUCCUCCUUUCACCUCCUGUCGGAUCCCCCUCACUCCAACCGAGCACAAGGUUCUGGAUGACAAUACACAUGAGACAGGGUUUAACGGCGAUGACGGCUCUUAUGUGAUUCUCACGUGGGUGGGCGAUGGUACAGGAGUCGUCCUGGUGCUGUCAACAUUCAGUGCCCCAAUAGAUACUUUCCUCGAAGGAGGCUCGUCACGACUUUAUCGGAGCACGGAUUAUGGAAAAUCCUUCCAUGACAUUUCCCAACGGAUCAACAACACCUUCAUAAAGGAGGAGUUUGGAGUAAGCGUUGGACCAGGGAGCUCUGUGAUAUUGACAGCAGAUGUACCCGUGCUGGACAACCGAGGCGGCAUCAUCUUCACCUCCACGGAUGCCGGCGCGACCUUUAAGUUCAUCCAGCUGCCCUUCCACCUGGCUCAGCCAAUCACGUACCACUUCCUCAACCCCGAUUACCUCGUGGCUCUCAGCAUCGAUGGCGGCCUUUGGCUCUCACUGGACUUUGGCGCUAAGUGGACAAAAGUUCAUGAUGGAGUGCAUUCUUUCUCGUGGGGGGCUGGUAUCAAUUUGUUCUUCAGCUGCAGUCGAGUAGACACAUUUGAGGCGGAUGAGAGGGGGGAUUUGGUGCUGAAGAGGACGAAGGACCUGGGGAUGACUUUCACCAUAAUCCACGAGGACAUCUUCAGCUUUGGCUACAUCGGAGCCUUCCUCUUCUUUUCUGUGAUGGAGGACUCGAGAUCCCCUCGUGUCAUGUAUUUCUCAUCAGACCAAGGAGACACCUUCAGUCAAGCGCUGCUCCCGUCUGCCUCCACUGAGCAGUUCUACUCCAUCCUGGAUGGGGAUGAAGACAUGCUCUUCAUGCAUGUGGAUAACCCCGGAGACACCUUCUUCGGGACCAUGUACACGUCAGAUGACCGCGGCAUCUUGUUCUCCAAAUCACUGGAGCGCCACCUGUUUGAUGGGCAGAGGAAGAGCGAUUUCACCAACAUAACCUCACUGAGAGGAGUCUACCUCACUAACAAACUAGACGAAGAUGGCCGUAUAAGAUCCGUCAUCUCCUUCAACAGAGGAGGCACUUGGAGACAACUUAACAAACCCGAGAAUGUGGAGUGUGGAGACCAAGUCCAGAAAUGCAACCUUCAUAUCCACGGAGAGCACAGUCGCAACAACCGCAUCGUUCCCAUGUUGGCUCUGUCUGAGCCGACAGCUAUCGGUCUGGUUAUUGCCCAUGGUACUGUGGGUGACUCCCUGUCAUCGUCACAGCACCCAGAUGUGUUUGUCUCCUCAGACGGGGGUUAUAACUGGAGGGGGACACUGAGGGGUCCUCACCACUACAGCAUAUUGGACUCUGGGGGUCUUAUUGUAGCCGUGGAGGCCCAGCAUGAAAAACAAGUCAAGACUAUCAAGUUUUCCACAGAUGAGGGCAGGUGCUGGAAGUCCUACAACUUCACAGAGCAGCCCUUCUUCUUCGCAGGCCUGGCAUCUGAGCCGGGGACCAAGGCCAUGAACGUCAGUGUGUGGGGCUUCAGACCUGAGGACGACAGCCAGCCCAUGUGGGUGGCUGUAACCAUUGAUUUUCAGAGCCUCAUUACAAAAGAGUGUACGGCCAAAGACUAUGAGGAGUGGUUGGCACAUUCCACAGACGAAGCGGACUCGGAGAGGAACGGCUGCGUCUUGGGUGUCAAGGAGACUUACAGGAGGCUGAAGAGACAGUCUGUGUGCAGAAAUGGGCGAAGCUUUGUGGUGAGCAAGAAGCAGCGCCCCUGCCUGUGCAUCAGAGAAGAUUACAUAUGUGACUACGGUUACUACCGUCACGUGAACACCUCAGAGUGUGUGAGACAAUCCAACACAAACAAAACCUUGGAGCUCUGCCUGAAUGGAGAGGAGGAUGAGCUUCUGACAGCAGGGUACCGUAAGGUCCCGAGUGACAGGUGUGAGGGGGGAUUCACUCCUCAGCUCAUAGACCAGACGGUCAUCAGGCCCUGUGGGGUAAAAACCAGCCCUGCUCCACCUGCCAAGUCCUCAUCUCCAGUUACACACUUUGACACACCGCGAGAGAGGCUGGUGUUGAUCCUGGUGUGUGCAGUGGCAGCAGUGGUCGUCCUGAUAGCUGUCAUUUCUGCCAUCUUUGCUGUCAGGAGGGUGGUUUACCCAAACAGGACACCAGUGUACCGUUUCUCCAACCUCCGGAUUCAGGAUGAAAAUGGCAUCACAGCUGAUCUCGAAAGCGCCACCAGCAGCAACGGCACGGCCUGCCAGCAGGACUCUGACGACGAUCUUAUUGAAUGACACAUGGCACAUUUUAAUCAGAUGGAUGUAAUAAAUAUUAAAGCAGCUGGGCUGGAUAAAGACUGCCAACGGCAUUUCAAUGGACUUAUCCCUGAUGAUUUGACGGGAGCACCCUGAACGAGAAGCAUGAACUUGUCUUAAUUUAUUGAGCUUACUUUAUUUCAUAGCUUUACUUUGCUUACUCUUUUGAUUUGUACAGUAUUUUUUAAUGUGUAUUUUUAUUUCAGUCUGUGUUGCACCACCUUUUUAAAUUCUUUUCAAUGUGAAAACAAACAAAAAAAGACAAUCCUGAAAAUGUGCAUUUGUAUAAAAAGACAAAAAACAAAACAAAAAAACAUAUCAUUAUGUUCUCUUUAUACUGUGUAUGUUAGAGUUUAAAAUGUGUCAUAAUAAGGUUUAAUGCGCAAUAAACUUUUCAAAUCUUCUGUC